AUGUUAUGGAAAAUGAACACUGAGAGCAUGAAGGAUUUCUUUGACUCAUUAAAGUUGCUGGAAACCAAAAAUUUAACCUUGACCAUGGAGUUCUUGAAGAAACAUCAGGAACUGGAAGCUGCUCUUAGAAGACCUCCCCCUCCUAUGGUUGAGCAAUUGCACCCAAAUAGUUUCCAGGUCAGUAUUGAUCUGGUAGCCAUCGGGAAGGCUUCGGUCUCCAGCUACCAGGUGGAAUAUCGGAUUGCAGGAGACAAUUGGAAAAGUCUCAGUACUGAAGGCUCUAAGGAUCAAUUCACCCUGGAAGAUGUCCACCUAAAUCUUCAGUACCAAUUCCGAUGUGCAGCUGUGACUCCGGGAGGGCUCAGUCAGUGGAGUGAGGCGAUCACUUGCAUCUGUCCUACGGGGAGGCCUGCUGAGAAAUCCCGGCUUUUGUGCUGUGCGACUGGUCUGGAAAUGUCUGGAAGCAUCCAAGGGCCUGAACGGAGGAUCGUCCUGGUGGGGGAACGCAGAAGUGGGAAAAGUACGACAGGAAACACAAUCCUGGGAAGGGAAGUCUUUCAGUCUGGGAGCUCAUUUCAGUCAGUAACAGAAGUAUGCCAAAAGGAGAAGGCGCAGCUGAAGGGCAGGAAGAUUGUGGUUGUUGAUACCCCUGACUUUUCCUCUUCCCAUCGUCCAGACAAGGCUAUUGCUGCAGAAGUGAGCAAGUGCAUGAAGUUUUGCUCUCCAGGUCCCCACGUCAUUCUGCACGUGAUGCAUCCUUUCUGUUCCUUCCAUCAGGAGACGAACGUGGUUCAGCAGAUCAAAGAGGUUUUUGGCCUUAAAGCCAAGGAUUACACAAUCCUCUUGUGCACCCACAAAGAUUACCUGGAAGGUCAAUCUCUACAAAAGUUUAUGUAUUCCAAAGUUGAAAAUAUGAAGAAAUACGUUGCUGAAUGUGGAAACCGGAUGUUGGCUUUCAACAACGAGGCCAAAGGAGCUGAACGAGAGGCUCAGGUGGCUGAACUGAUGACCAUGAUUGAUGACCUAGUGUACAAGAACACCUGUGCUCCUUGUUACACAGAAGACAUGAUGAACAUCAACAAAAGACCCAACUUCUGAUUGUUUCCAUCAGAGACCAGGAAGUCUCUCUGAUUGAGCCUCUCCUCCCAAAAGUCCCUUCAAGCUUCCAAAGGAGAUUUUGCUGUUGCAACUAUCACAGCUUCUCCGCUUCCAACCAAUUAUGGGGGAGGGAAGAGGGAGAGAGAACUUACCGUAUUUUUCAGAGUAUAAACAUUGUAUAAACAUUCAGGGAAACAUUGUAACGUAUAAAGAUAUUUUAAAUGAGAAAGGGGAACUUGAAACUAAACAGGAAUUGCCAAAUCAAGGGGUGAACCUCGCACGGUGGCCACACUUGCAAAUACAGUCAAGAUGCGAAAAAGAUGUAGAGAAAUACGGUUUCUAUAAAGAGCCAACAAUACUUGAUCAGAUACUAUUAGGUGUGGAUGAAAAAUUAAGAAAGAAAAUAUAGCUAUUUAUUAACAUGAACAAGUGAAAGAAAUAAUGAUCACGUGGGCAAAAACUUUUCGGUUUACUUUAAAAUUAUAUCAAUGGCAAAAACUUUGGGAUAGAAAGUAUAAAUUGACAAUGGCAACUAUGUAGAAGGAAAACCUGUAUAAAAUGUUCUAUAGGUGACAUUUCCCACCGGCAAGGCUAGCAAAGAUGUUUAAAAAUACGUCCACCAAAUGUUGGAAAUGCAACCAGAUACCCCGUUCGUAUUUCCAGAUGUGGUGAACCUGCCCAAAGUCAAAAAGAAAAAAAUUGGACGAAAAUACAUUCAGGGCUAGAAAAAAUUAAAAAGCAACAUAUAGACUUCAAGUCAGAAAUAUUCUUGUUAGGCAUUUUGCCAGAAAAAUAUAAUAAAGGGAAUAUAUAUCUGAUGCUGCAUGUUUUGACGGCAGCGAGAAUUGUGUUUGCCCAACAUUGGAAAAAUGAGGAAACUCCUUCAGAUGAUAAUAUAAUGAAGAAAAUAUUAAGAUUGUGCAGAAAUGGAUAGAUUAACAUUAAAGAUAAAGGAUAAAGAAGAUACAGAAUAUUUUUUAACUUGGGAUUUGUUUUAUCAAUGGUUAGAUAAUAAAAGUAGAAAUUAGAAGUUGGAAGAAUACUAUUAGAUACAGGCAAACAGUAUUAUUAUUACUAUUAUUAUGUAUAUGUAAAAUGACCCAGAGAAUACACUGUUUAUUAAAUACCUACAUAUGUUAAAGAAAAUGAAUGAAUGAAUGAAUGAAGAUGCCAGCCGUGAGAACCAAGGACACUUCAGCAGGUGUUUAACAGACUGUCUCAGAUCAAUAACGGGAGACUCCAUUGGACAAUGGGAGCUGGUCCAAUAGGGGGAGGGAGAACCCGAACUUCAACUUUGUGGCUCUGGGUGGGAAUUAGCUAGAUCUGGUUUUGCCCUCAACUUUUGCAUUAAGAGAUUGAAUCAUCUCGACCGUGCUUGCUUUGAUUGGUCAGUCAGAACGUUGAGCCCUUCUGUUCUGUGUUCCAAUUCAGCCCUCACCACGUGACCUCUGAAGAACCCAAGUCUGAGAUUGGUGGCCGACUCUCCCUGAGCCAAUUCCCCAACUCAACUGGGCCACGCAAGAGAGCAAAGCCCCAUACGUGCAUGCAUAGGAUCUAGGCACCAUGUGAAACUACCCCCCUCUUUUUCACCCUGAGAUUGUCUUAGUAAAUUUCCUCCGUUCUUACAAAA